GAUGAUUUCACCAUUUCCAGUCCUUCUCAAGCACUCGACGACUACCUUCUUUGUCCUUAGGCUGUGCCUCUAGUGAGCAGUGGCCGAAUAUUGACCCUGCAGUCUCGCCUUACCAUUUAAAUGAUAUAUUGUGAUUGGGCUUAGAGCUCUUUCCGGCUCGACCGAGGCAAGGCCUCUUGUCCUUUCUGUUCUCUACGCCCACGCCACGUUAUCUCUCUUCUACCCAGUGCAGGCCUAGCCUUCGGCUCAAAACUCGCAACCAUGUCGUACCUUCAGCAGCAGCUCAAGAACUUCAGUGCCAGCGUUGUCGACUCUGCGCAUCGCAUGCCCCAGCAAAGGCGCUUCGUGAACAACAAUUCCGCAGGCAGUUCCCAAGCACCGUCCUCAGUACCCACCCCAACACCCGCAAUCGAUCCGAAGAAGCAACGACGCGAUGCAGAGAUCGUCUACUCCCAGCCGGCCAAUACUGGCACGGGUAAAGAUAUCAUGACCCAGGUCCUUUUCGCAAUCGAGCACAUGAAAAACAAAGGCGUUCCACUUAAAUUCUCUGACAUUGUUUCGUACCUGUCUCUGCAGCACCGUGCGAAUGAUCAGGGAUAUGUUCAGGCUCUACAAAGCAUUCUCAAAGUACACGAAAAGGUUCAGUUUGACCCCAGCGGGGCAAAUGGUGAAGGCACAUUUGCUUUCCGACCGCCGCACAACAUCCGCUCUGCAGAGCAGCUCCUCCAAAAGCUACAGUCGCAGCCAAAUGCCGCGGGAAUGAGUGUCCGUGAACUUCGCGAGGGGUGGCCGAAUGUCGAGGAGACAAUCAAUAAGCUGGAGAAGGAAGGAAAGCUCCUUGUUACACGGAACAAGAAGGACGACCAUGCCAAGAUGGUCUGGGCCAAUGACCCUUCGCUGAUAGAGCACUUUGACGAGGAAUUCCGUCUGAUCUGGGAGAAGAUCAAGAUUCCCGAGGCCCAGGUGGUAAAAGAGGAGUUAGAAAAGGCUGGCAUCACUCCUACGAACAAAAACAAGGUCGUCAAAGCACGACCAAAAUUCGAGCAGAAGAAGGUCAAGAAGCCUCGCCGCAGUGGCAAGACGACCAACACUCACAUGAUGGGCAUUUUGCGAGACUACUCCCACCUCAAGCGUUGAUUUGGCUCCGAUGUUGAACGCAAAAUGCUGUCAUCAUUAGUGCCUCGUCUUGGAGGUUGACAUGGUUGCUGAAGCUGGAUUCUGAGACUUGCCAGUGUCCUUAUUAUUCAUUUAAAUGGUUUGCCCCUGCAUUUCAAUGGCGUUUUGAACACGGAUCAUGAACUGGAACUAUCAUUUACCGGUCAUUUUGCAUUUUAUGCUGCUAAUUUUCUCAGUCCUGCUUUUGCUACCUUUGUAAAAAAAUAUAUAACCAAGACAGAUACCCGAAUGAAUUAAAUGAUAUAGUCAAAAAACGAAAAUAGCAUAAGUAGACGCCAGUUGACUUUAC